AUGACUAUGGAGAGCGACAGCGACAUCGAGUUUGCUCCUAUUACGGAGCGAACCGUCACCGCCCUGGACGAACGGGAGCUGGAGACCUUGAACCGCAUUGCCUCCAGCAAAAUCGGCCAAGUCCUAUCGGCCAGGAAAGAGAGCAAAGACCCCGGGCUGGAUCCCAGCAGCCCCGAGUUUGAUCACCACCGAUGGGCCCAAACUGUGCUCAGCCAAGUACACGAAUCUGGCAUCGACAUUCCACACCAAGGCGUGGUCUUCUCCAACCUGUGUGUGAGUGGCUCAGGAGCUGGCCUUCAAUUCCAGGAGACCUUGAUCUCUAGUCUCACUCUCCCCAUCCGCUUUUUGACCAAGGCUCUCUCUGGACGUCUGUCGCCCCCGCGACGGAUCUUGCACAAUUUCGAUGGCCUGUUACAGAGCGGCGAGCUUCUACUCGUCCUGGGACGUCCGGGAAGCGGAUGCACCACACUUCUUAAAACCAUCUGUGGGCAUCUGGGAGGGUUGACCAUGGAGCCAGACAGUGUGAUCCACUAUGAGGGCAUCGGCUUCGAGCAGAUGAUCCAACACCACCGUGGGGAAGUGGCCUACAACAAAGAGGUCGACCUGCAUUUCCCCCACCUGACGGUUGGCCAGACGCUCUCGUUUGCUGCCCACGCCCGUGCUCCACAUCGGCGCAUCGAGGAUAUGACGCGAAAUGAGUAUGUCGAUACCAUCACCAAGGUGGUCAUGUCAGUUUUUGGGCUCUCGCACACCUAUCAUACCAAAGUCGGCAGUGAAUUCGUGCGCGGCGUGAGUGGAGGAGAGAGAAAGCGCGUCAGUAUUGCCGAGAUGUUUCUGUCUCGGUGCCGCAUUGGAGCCUGGGAUAACAGCACGCGAGGGUUGGACGCGGCCUCCGCCCUGAAAUUCGUCCGGUCUUUGCGACUGGCGGCUGACAUGGGCUCAUGCCAUGCAAUUGCCGCGUACCAAGCGUCCCAAUCCAUGUACGAUCUGUUUGACAAAUUGGUGCUUCUCUACGACGGGUAUGAGAUCUACUAUGGCCCCCGGGAUCGAGCCGUGUCCUACUUCCAGGACAUGGGUUGGGCGAGACCCGAACGUCAGGUCAGCGGAGACUUUUUGACCGCCAUCACCAACCCCACGGAGCGCAAGGCCCUUCCGGGGAUGAAGAAUAAGGUGCCGCGUACCGCCAAAGAAUUUGCCGAGUACUGGAAGAAGAGCCCGGAGUACCAGACACUGCGCAAUGAAAUUACGAGCUAUGAACGAGAGCAUCCCCCAAGUGGCGACGAUGCCAAGAGACUGCAGGCCAGCCAUGAACAGCAACAAGCUCACCACACGCGGUCUCGCAGUCCCUAUCUUCUUUCUAUCCCCAUGCAGAUUCGCCUCUGCACACGGCGAGCCUACCAGCGAAUGCUAAAUGAUCUGCCGACGGCCUUGUCUCCGCUUAUUGUCCAGCUAAUCCUGUCUUUGAUUAUCGGGUCUGUCUUCUACAACACCCCGGACACCUCGAGUUAUUUUUUCCAAAAGGGUGCUGUGUGUUACUUUGCUGUGCUCAUGAAUGCUCUCCUCACCAUCAACGAGAUCAUGCAACUGUAUAGCCAGCGUCCCGUGGUGGAGAAACAGGCUGCUUAUGCAUUUGUUCACCCUUUUACUGAGGCAAUAGCCAGUCUUGUGGUGGAUCUGCCAAUCAAGCUCCUGCGUAUCUCAAUCUUCAGUAUUGUCCUGUACUUCCUGUCCAACCUCCGCCGGGAACCAGGGCCCUUCUUCAUCUUCUACCUGUUCCUGAUCUUUGCUGUCCUCACCAUGUCGGGGCUCUUCCGCAGCCUGGGGGCACUGACCAAGUCCAUCGGGCAGGCAAUGGCAUUUGCUGGUAUCUUGGUACUCUGUAUUGUUGUCUACACAGGUUUUACACUCCCACAGCCUUACAUGCACCCUUGGCUCGCCUGGAUUCGGUGGAUCAAUCCGAUCUACUAUACGUUCGAGGCACUGAUAGCCAAUGAGUUCCAUGGUCGCAACUAUGAUUGUUCACAGUUUAUUCCAAGCUACGGAACUGGCACGUCCUUCAUCUGUUCGUCGAUCGGUGCCGUGGCUGGUCAGCGGUUUGUUUCCGGGGAUGCAUUCAUCGCACAAAACUAUCACUAUUACUACUCUCAUCUGUGGCGCAACUUCGGCAUCCUCGUCGCUUUCAUGAUCUUCUUCAAUGCCAUUUAUCUGAUGGCCACAGAAUUUAUUUCCAGCGAUAAGUCAAAGGCAGAAGCACUCGUGUUCCGUCCUGGCCAUGCCCCGAAACACCUCCAAGUAGGCCAGGAUGCUGAGGAUGGGGUGAUGGAGCCUCCUAACAAGCUCGAAGUACAGCAUACAAACGACACGAUUCGUCUCCCGCAGCAGAAAGAUGUUUUCUCAUGGAAGGCCCUGAACUACGACAUUCCUGUGAAGGAAGGUACUCGUCGACUUUUGGACAAUGUGAACGGAUGGGUCAAGCCAGGCACUUUGACCGCAUUGAUGGGUGUCUCGGGCGCAGGAAAGACAACUCUGCUGGAUGUUCUCGCCCAACGAGUGUCAAUUGGUGUGGUCACUGGGGAUAUUCUGGUAAAUGGCCAGCCGUUGUUGCCAAAUUUCCCCCGUCGGACUGGUUACGUGCAACAACAAGAUCUUCACCUUGACACUACCACAGUGCGUGAAGCUCUACGGUUCAGUGCCAUGCUCCGCCAGCCAAAGAGUGUGCCUAAACACGAAAAGUACGAAUAUGUGGAACAGGUGAUUAAGGUCCUUGGCAUGGAAGACUUUGCUGAAGCGGUCGUUGGAUCCCUUGGAGAAGGACUGAAUGUCGAGCAGCGGAAGCUGCUCAGUAUUGGCGUUGAGCUUGCAGCAAAACCCACUCUUUUGAUUUUCCUAGAUGAGCCUACGAGUGGCCUUGACUCCCAGAGUUCGUGGAUCAUCUGUCAGUUCCUUCGGCGGCUCGCGGAUCACGGGCAGGCUGUACUGGCUACGAUUCACCAGCCGAGUGCAACUCUGUUCCAGACCUUUGAUCGUUUGCUCUUUCUGGCCAAAGGUGGCAGAACAGUGUAUUUUGGUGAUGUUGGAGAACAAUCUUCUACCCUUCUGGAGUACUUUGAACGCAAUGGUGCCCGAAAAUGCGAAGAAUUUGAGAAUCCUGCCGAGUAUAUCCUCGACAUGGUUGCCGGAGAAGGGUGUCCCGAAGUGGACUGGGCGCAAGCGUGGAGUAAAAGCCCGGAAUACCAAGAAGUCCUCGCUGAAGUCGACCGGCUUCAUUCACUACACAAUGGGUCAACUCACGAACCCUUCGCCGACGAAGAUAACGCUGAAUUUGCCAUGCCUCUCUCCACCCAGCUCUGGAUUGUACUUGGACGCUGCUUCCAGGGCUACUUCCGCCAACCCGAUUACAUCUAUGCCAAAUUCAUUCUCGGUAUCGCUUCCGGGUUGUUCAUCGGUUUCUCCUUCUGGCAGUCCGACAACACACAGCAAGGGUUCCAGGAUGUGCUCUUCAGUAUUUUCCUGUUGUGCACUAUCUUCAAUACUCUCGUGAACCAAAUCAUGCCACGAUUUGUUGCCCAGCGCUCUUUGUACGAGGUUCGCGAACGCCCAUCUCGUAUUUACUCGUGGAAGGUCUUCAUUGUGUCCCAAAUUAUCGUGGAAGUUCCCUGGCAAGUUUGCCUCGGUGUCUGUUCGUGGGCCUCCUUCUACUGGUCCGUCUUUGGUGCUGACCAGAGUGCUGAGCGACGCGGCCUCAUUAUGCUGUAUAUUGUACAGUUCUACAUCUAUGCUGCAAGUAUGGCCCAGUUUGUCGUCUGUGCAAUCCCUGAACCAACCCUUGCAGCGAUGCUUGCCACACUUAUGUUCGGACUGAGUUUCAUUUUCAACGGAGUUUUGCAGCCCCCAACUGCCCUGCCACGGUUUUGGAUCUUCAUGUAUCGCGUGUCCCCAUUCACGUAUUACAUUAGCGGCAUCAGCAGCACUGCGCUUCACGGUCGCAAGGUGGAGUGCAGCGCGGCUGAGCUCAGCAUCUUUGACCCACCGCCGGGCCAGACUUGCAUCGAGUAUCUGGCGAGCUAUCUCGAGAGCCCAACGCAACUUUACAACCACAACGCCACUUCAAACUGCAAAUAUUGCGCCAUGUCCUCGGCGGAUCAGUAUCUGGCAGCCCGGGAAAUUUACUGGGGCGAUCGAUGGAGGAACUAUGGCAUCUUCUGGUGCUACUUUGUGUUCAACAUAUUCGGAGCAAUUACCCUGUACUAUGUGUUCCGCGUGAGGACAUCCAAGGCGAAGGCUGUGAAGGGCAAGAAUCCCCUCUGA